AACAGGUGCCCAUGUGCAGCCACAGCAAAUGUCCAACAGCAGCUCCAUCAGCCACUUCCUCCUGCUGGCACUGGCAGAGACGCGGCAGCUGCAGCUCCUGCACUUCUGCCUCUUGCUGGGCAUCUCCCUGGCUGCCCUCCUGGGCAACGGCCUCAUCAUCAGCGCCGUAGCCUGCAGCCACCACCUGCACACGCCCAUGUUCUUCUUCCUGCUCAACCUGGCCCUCAGCGACCUGGGCUCCAUCUGCACCACUGUCCCCAAAGCCAUGCACAAUUCCCUCUGGGACACCAGCACCAUCUCCUACACAGGAUGUGCUGCCCAAGUCUUCCUAAAUUUUUUCUUUCUUGCAACAGGGUUUUAUCUCCUGACCAUCAUGUGCUAUGACCGCUACGUGUCCAUCUGCAAACCCCUGCACUACGGGACCCUCCUGGGCAGCAGAGCUUGUGCCCACAUGGCAGCAGCUGCCUGGGCCACUGCCUUUCUCAAUGCUCUGAUGCACACAGCCAAUACAUUUUCCCUCCCCCUGUGCCAUGGCAAUGCCCUGGGCCAGUUCUUCUGUGAAAUCCCACAGAUCCUCAAGCUCUCCUGCUCCAAAUCCUAUCUCAGGGAACUUGGGCUUCUUGCUGUUAGUGUGUCUUUGGCAUUUGGUUGUUUUGUGUUCAUUGUUUUCUCCUAUGUUCAGAUUUUCAGGGCUGUGCUGAGGAUCCCCUCUGAGCAGGGACGGCACAAAGCCUUUUCCACCUGCCUCCCUCACCUGGCCGUGGUCUCUCUGUUUAUCAUCACUGGGGCAUUUACCUACCUGAAGCCCUCCUCCAUCUCCUCCCCAGCCCUGGAUCUGGCCCUGUCACUUCUGUACUCAGUGGUGACUCCAGCCCUGAACCCCCUCAUCUACAGCCUGAGGAACCAGGAGCUCAAGGCUGCAGUGUGGAGACUGAUGACUGGAUGGUUUCGGAAACAUUAAACUGCUGGCCAAUUUCUGCAAAUCACUUGUAAUAAAUGUCAUCUU